AUGGCGGUGUCGGCGCGCACCAAGGCCGCGGCGGCCCUGGCGCUGCUCGUCGUCGUCGUCCUCGUCGCGACGCGUCCGCGGGCGCCGGCCGCGCCGCAGUUCGAGUACAGCGCCCACGGCUUCCGCGUCAACGGCGGCCCGUCGCGCCCGCUGCUCGAGCCGAACGAGGCGGAGUACCAGAUGAGCGAGGGCGGCCAGGACCGCGUGCUCUGGGAGGAGCUCUUCCGCAACGACUCGCAGGCGGACAGCGGCUUCUUCGUCGAGUUCGGCGCCCGGGGCGGCGUCUACGACAGCAACACGUACUUCUUCGAAAAGAAGCUGGGCUGGCGGGGCCUGCUGCUCGAGGCGAGCCCGACGGAGCAGAAGACCAUCGGCGCGGACCGGCCCCUGAGCGCGGCCAUCGACGGCGGCGUCUGCGAGAGCGACCAGAAGCUCGAGUUCGCGGCGGCCGAGAAGGGCUGGGGCGGCCGCCUCGACAGCUACGACAAGUCGCGCGCCAAGACCGCGGCCUUCCAGACGCUCAUCGUGCCCUGCUUCACGCUGCGCACGCUCUUCGACCUCUUCCGCGUGCGCCACGUGUCCUACAUGAGCGUGGACACGGAGGGCAGCGAGCUCCUCGCGCUCAAAGGGUUCCCGUGGGGCGAGGUGUCCGUCGACGUCGUCGGCGUCGAGGUCGUCACGGGCUCGCCGGACCGCCUCGCCAAGGAGGCGGAGCUGCUCGACUACCUCCGGUCCAAGGGCAUGGUCGUCUUCAUCGAGUACCAGUUCGCCAAGGACACGAAGGACGUCUUCUUCCGGCCCGCGGCGCCGUCGCGGCGCGCGGCGAACGACUACGCCCACUUCGAGAAGAUGCGCGCGCUCUGCGUGCGCAUGCAGCGCUGCCUCGGCCCCGCGCGCUAG